AUGAUCACUAAAGCGGAAGCUUCUAAAUGGAAGCUGAGUGACUUGGAGAUGCGAGAAACGGUCGGCACUGGCACCUUUGGUCGUGUGCGUUUGGUGAAACAUAAAGGGUCUGGAAAGUAUGCGGCGUUGAAGAUUUUGAAGAAGCAAGAAAUCAUCCGCAUGAAGCAGGUGGACCAUGUCUUGGCUGAGGCGAGCAUCCUCCAGGAAAUCAACCACCCUUUCAUCGUGAACAUGCUACGGGGAUACAUGGACAAAAAUCGUCUGUAUAUUCUUUUCGAGUACGUAGUAGGUGGCGAGCUCUUUUCGCACUUGCGCAAGGCGGGCAAGUUUCCCAACGAUGUAUCCAAGUUCUAUUGCGCAGAGGUCAUUCUAGCAUUUGAGUACCUUCACAGCAAGUCGAUUAUCUACCGUGAUCUGAAGCCUGAGAACAUCCUGCUCGAUCAAGAUGGCAACAUUAAAAUCACUGAUUUUGGCUUUGCGAAGCGGGUCACGGAGCGAACCUUCACGCUUUGCGGCACGCCAGAGUACUUAGCACCGGAGAUUAUCCAGAGCAAAGGCCACAAUGAAGCGGUAGACUGGUGGGCGUUGGGCAUCCUCCUUUAUGAAAUGCUGGUCGGAUACCCGCCAUUCUUCGAUGACAGCCCUAUGAAAACGUACGAGAAAAUUCUGGUGGGAAAGGUUCUGUUCCCUCGUUGGGUAGAUCCUAAGGCACGUGACCUGAUCAAAGGACUUCUCUCUUUAGACCCGUUGAAGCGACUUGGCAACCUUGCGAACGGGGCAGAGGACAUUAAGAAACACAAAUACUUCAGCGGCGUAGACUGGAAUGUUGUGCUCUCAAAGAAAAUUCCUGCUCCGAUCCCAGUGCGCAACCGAAAGCCUGGUGACACUCACUACUUCGACAAGUACCCCGAAAGUCCCCUCAAUCCCUUGCGCUCUCUGUCACAGUCUCAGCAGGACUACUUCACCAAUUUCUGCGACGGUCACUACGCCGAUGAAUAA